CUCGGCAACGCGCAACACGCACACAUCAUCCGGCAUUCGACGGAUAAGCACGGCAAGUACGGCGUCCAUCCGUCCGAUCCGUCCGUUCACAUCGCACACGCGACACGCACCCAAACAACACACGACUCUCCUGAAACAUGGCGUGCGGGCGUGCGACCCUUAGCGCCCUGCUGCUCAUCACCUGUGCCUUCGUCUGCGUGCGUGCCGGCAAACAAGUCGUCGAUUUGAACGAGGAUAACUGGCGACUAAUGCUACAGAAUGAGUGGAUGGUCGAAUUUUACGCCCCAUGGUGUCCCGCAUGUAAGGGCCUCGAAAGUAUCUGGCGUGACUUUGCCACCUGGUCCGAUGAUAUUGGCAUCUCCGUAGCCAAGGUAGACGUCACCACAUCACCGGGUCUUAGCGGCAGAUUUAUGGUUACUGCACUGCCAACAAUCUUCCAUGUACUUAAUGGCGAAUUCCGUCAGUACAAAGGCUCUCGCGACAAGGACGCUUUUAUUUCCUUUGUGGAAGAGAAGAAAUGGAAGAGUGUGGAGCCUGUUCCAAGCUGGCAAUCACCAAACUCAGUCCAGAUGGGUAUUGUCUCAACAUUCUUUAAGCUUUCACAGGUGUUGAGGCAAGUGCACAACAUGCUCAUGGAAGAGUAUGGUCUGCCAUCUUGGGGAUCCUAUCUUAUUUUCUCAAUCGCGACAAUUUUCAUUGGUGCAAUACUUGGCCUGAUUCUAGUAUGUGUGAUUGACUUGAUCUACCCGCAAAAGUACCCAGCCAAAGUUGAUCUUAAAAAAUCAGCAGGUGGUGAGGCACAUAAAGAUAAAGACAGUGAUGUUGAACUGUCCGAUGAGGAUAUCAAGGACGAUUUGGUAGACGAUGCUAGUCAAUCCGAAGGCGACGGCGAAGUUAAAUCAAGUUCAGAUGACAACGCCGCCGCAGAGAAGAGCAGUCCCGGUGUGAAGAAGCGCAAGUCCAGGAAGGAAUAACACUCACUCGACGCGUUUUGCGAGCGACUUGGACAUUCCACUGUUUACCGAAGCUCAACCGUUUCACGAAUACUACCUAACACAAGAAAAUUCAAAACCGAAGCGCAGACUUAUUUUUACAAAUGUAGACUUUGCAAACACAUUUGCAAUUCUUGUUGAAACACGCACAAUGACCAUGCGCAUAGUGUAAUUAUUUAUUGUUUAUAUUGUAUUAUCACAAUUUCGCAACCGGCUACGAUCUAUUUUUGGGUGCCUCGUCACAUUUUUUACUAAAACCUUAUUGUAGAAAUUUUCUAAAAAUACUAAUAACGCGACGAAAGGCGGCGACAUAUUGUGAUUAAUUUGUAAGAAAGUGUUGGCGUUCUUUCAGACGUCGGCGUCGUUGAUUUUAAGGCUCUUAAUUCUACGAAUGUAAACAUUUUUAAAACA